AGCUCUUCAUUUCUUACACUUUAAAUAGUAGCUGCUGAUCAGACACAAACUAUUUUGAGGAACUUCUGCCUUCUGCGUACUCCUUUACACAAUAAUGAUUUAUAUGGCAUGACGGUUAUUUGUGUAACUUCCUCGUUCUGUCAAAACAAACAAGUGGGAAGUAGGCUUGGAACCAGAGUAACAUACGUAAACAGGGCUGGGUGAUUCAAACACUUAAGGGAAUCUGAUUGGCUGAUGAUGUGGGCCUGGGCACUACUUCCUGUUUUCCUGGCGGUGUGGGGCAUUGUCGGAGUGUGGGUGGUGUUUGGCAUUGCAGUGUCCAACCACUCAGUUAAUGUGACAGAACAAUUCCCCUACAUCAGUGUGUGUGGCUCCUAUCCUCCUCAGAGCUCAGUGUUUUCUCAGAUCUGUAAUGGGUGCACGUUCCUGAUUGUCUGGAUUGAUGUUAUCCGUUACCAACAGGUGCGUGACCUUGGUGACAACUGUUGCCAUGCCAACCGGGCGAGCUUGGUGAUAGGCCUCAUCUCUGCUGCAGCAGUAUCCGUCCUUGGAAACUUCCAGGUGUCCGUGUGGUUCUGGGUCCACAUGUCUGGGGCGGUCCUGGCCUUCUGCCUGGGUCUGGUCUACUUCUGGCUGCAAAUGUGGCUCACGCUGAAAGCUGAACCGUCUCAGGAUGGCCACUGGGUGGCGCUGCUGCGCGCUCUCCUCUGCAGCCUCUCCACAGUGUUCCUCCUCGGCAUCGUGGUUCUCCAAGUGUCUGGGUUCCGGUCUCUGGCGGCCAUAUCGGAGUGGGCGUUGGUCAUGACCUACUUCCUGCUGUUCGGCCUCUUCGCCGUAGAGUUCCGCCACGUCCACUGCUUCCGGGUCACCGUACAGGAGCACUCCGGUGGGAACAAGAGCUACGACAGACUCCACCAUAACAACACCAUAACAAUGCCAUAACAAUGCCAUAACAACACCAGCUACAGAAUAUAUUCUCACACUCCGCCAUAACAACGCCGGCUACAGAAUAUAUUCUCAGACUCUGCCAUAACAACGGCAUAACAACGGCAUAACAACGCCGGCCACAGAAUAUAUUCUCAGACUCCGCCAUAACAACGCCAUAACAACGCCGGCUACAGAAUAUAUUCUCAGCCCACAUCAGAAGCCUAGACUAGAGCAAUACUAUAUUCUCAUUCAGCAAAACACCAGCACAGAGUUGGAGGAAGUCAACAGCAGCUGAGUUUUCAGGCACUCAUGUCUCUAGUCCCCAUACGUCUGGUCUAGUCCUCACAUAGGUCACUUGUCAUAUGGCUCUAGUCUAGUCCUCACAUAGGUCACUUGUCAUAUGUCUCUAGUCUAGUCCUCACAUAGGUCACUUGUCAUAUGUCUAGUCCAGUCCUCACAUAGGUCACUUGCCAUCACACCUGCAUCAUAUUAGCACCUGUACAUGUUAUCAACAAGAACACAAAAUGUUGAGCAGUGCAUGAAUAGGACCAGUAGCCUACACAAUAGAAUGGCAUGGAGAGAUCAUUUAAAAAUGUAUAUAUUGGAUCAGAAGCCUACACAAUGGCAUGGCAAGGUCAUUUAAAAAUGUAUAUAUUGGAUCAGAAGCCUACACAAUGGAAUGGCAAGAUUGUUUAAAAAAUAUAUAUUGGCGUUGAAAAAUAACUCUUUUGAGAUACUUUACUUUUGAUUUCCAUAAACUGUAAAUGGUAGUCAUCAAGAUUAGAUUACAACAACAACAAUGUUACAUUUAUAAAGUGCUUUUCUCAACAUUUAAAGCGCUUCACAGGGAAAGGGGAACCUCACUAACUACCACCAAUGUGUAUUCUUCACUGUAGGCCUACAGUAUGUGUAAUUCAUCUAGAUUAUAUGAAUGUUUCACUUUUUAAAUAAAUUACAGGGGGGGAACUUUUCAAUGAUAUUAGUUUUUUGGAGUUCCACCUGGAUGUGUUGUGCAUGAACGAGUUCAAAAGAAUGUGUUCUUUGAACACAAUAAUUUUUCUGAGAACGUUGAACUGAAUGCAACGUAUUUGCAAAUAAAGAACUUGAACGUGAACUUGUUCAGAUUAUGUGACGUUCACUGCCAUUGUUUAGGCCCAAUUAAACGUUACGGAAUUGUC